GGUGGUGGUGGUGAUGAUGAUGACGAUGCGUGUGACGACACGAGCAGGAGCGCAGCAGCACACAGGACCCGAGCUGAAGCAUCAGCAGCAUCAGCAGCAGCAGCGCCGCCACAAAGGGAGCCCGGUGCCGCUCGGAGCUCGACUGACUCUCCGCUUCCUCCUCUCCCGGCUUUCGGAUGCUGCGGCUCGGCGGCAGGAUGUGCGCCUUCUCGGCCCUCGUCCCGGUGCUUCUCGCCGGACUCGCGGCGGCGGCGUCUUCGGAUCUCUUCGACAACCAACUGGGCGACAUCAAUUACUGCAAAAGGCAAUGCCAGCUCAGCGUCAAAAACAAAAGCCCCGCUAAAGACUCCAUAAUGAACGCCUGUCACCGCGGCUGUCGCCUCUACUCCAUCUGCCAGUUCGUCAAUGGCAACGCCGGCUUCAAUACCACCAGGGAGGAGUGUCAGGGAGCCUGCCAGGAGGCGUACAUUAAGCUGCUGGAGCAGGAGGCCUGCUGCACCGGCUGUGCCAGCCAACCCUCUGAACCUGAGCUCAAGAGGAGGAGGCUCAGGGCCAUGACUCUCCGCCCCAAGACCCCCUCUGUGAUGGAGGCCGUGUCCAGUUGGUGCAACGACAUCGUCAGCUCCGCCCAGAGCUUCAUCUCCUCCACCUGGACCUUCUACCUGCAGGCUGAUGAUGGCAAGGUGGUGGUUUUUCAGAGCCAACCGGAGAUGGAGUACUCGCUGCCCGAGCUGCAGGCCCCUCGGUCCAACGUGGCGGACAAACCCUGGCCCCAGGUCCACUCUCACACCCAGAGACCCCACGCAGGUGUGAGGGGACACGGCGACAGGGGGGCCUCCAAAGCGGCCGGGGCUAAAGGGAGGCGACCCGUCCAGCGCGCCGACGACCCCGUGGCCGAGCACGACUUCCUCGGCUGCAUGUCGAGACGCUCCGGGCUCCCGCGGUGGAUUUUGGCGGCGUGUCUCUUCCUGUCCAUCAUGGUCAUGCUGUGGCUCAGCUGCGCCAGCCUCGUCACCGCACCAGAGCAGCACGUCAAGACGCAGCUGAGCAUCAACGGGGACAAAGAGUUCCUGGAUAAUGUCCACAAGGUGAACCCGUACCCCCUGAGUCCCGUGAUGGCCGUGUCCACCAAGCAGCCGGAGGAGAGCGAGGAGGCGGGGCCGCUGCCGGUGAAGGUUGACCUCAACAGGACCUGCGUUUAGAGGAGGACCAGUUGGAGAGCUGCUGUCCUUCCCCCCCCCCCCCCCCCCCCCUCGCCCAGGAUGACCCCGUCGGCCCAAAGGUGUACAAAACAAACACACAACCGCAGGACUCAAAACCAAUCACCAGAAUUUUUUGAUUUUCUUUUUGAUGAAUCAGUGCUCUCAUCUCACACUGGAGACCACGGAUUACAGCGGAGAGCUUUCAGAUUAUGUUUCCAUGUCAUGCGUGGCCCAAAGAAGACAUGGUGGUGGUGGUGGGGGGGGGGGGGGGGGGGGCUUUCUAGAUUUAAUUUUGCCUCGUUCUCACAGAGAGUUGGUAAUAAUUGAUGGGUCGUCGAGAGUUUUGAAAGAGUGGAGGGAGAGAGAGUAAAGAAGGAUGGACGGAAGGUGGGGACAGUUCUUUGGAGGGAGCUGAGGGAAUUGAAAACCAUGUUUUCUCCUCCUCACGUAAAAUCUCAGGCGAGUGGAUUGAAAGCCGGACGCUCUGUCUGAGAAAUAAACAACUAACUUAUCUUCUGCUUUAUUUAUUCAAAGUCGUCCACAUGGGUUACCUGUUAAAUAGUGUUAUUGAAACGCCAUGGAUCCACAGAUUGGAAAGAGACGCGUCGAGAUCGCACCUAUCGCUGUAUUAUUCUUAUUGUUAUCGCUCUUAUAUCACCUCGAGAGUUCUUAACUGUUAUGUGUGCUUUCUAAUAGCUGCCUAUUUUGUAUGUCCUAGGAGCAAACACACACACACACACACACACACACACACUCUGAAGGAUCCGCUCUGUAACAAUGUGUAAUGCAAAGCUUUUCAACACAGACUGUUGUUUUUGAACAUGUGCUGUAACGCUCUCUUAUCAUCCAGGCAAUAAGUGUAGACAAUAAACCGUGCAUGCGAGUGACGCUUUCGAUAGUUUAGCUUAACCGCCAUGCCAGUACGGCGGGCAUCUACUGUAGACUUGUGUGAUUUUUUUUUGUUGUUGUGUGUUACUAUAUACUGGACACACUGAAUAGAACGUGUAAUAACGGACGCUGAUUUGCCUCGUGAUUUACGGGAAGGACUCUUGAUUAAAAAGCCAUUCGUUGAAGGUAUGUCACCGGGGGUACGAUAUGAAUUUCAAACUGUAUUGUUUCCUUUUUACUGGUCUGUUCAUUUUCAAAUCAAAAUGAUACUUAAGACACGAUGACAAUAAAGUGUUUUCAUUGUAAAUAAA